AUGUUGCAAGCCGACAAGGGCCUCAAAGUGGCCGAAGCCAUCGGCAAAGAUGUCUGCACCUUCCUCCAAUGCAGCCUCACCGACGAGGACCAAGUCAGACCGUGUUCAGCAAACGUACCGACCAGACCAUCCUCGACAUGGACUUCUCCCAGCUCGACCGCUUAUUCGCCAUUAACGUGCGAGGCGCAGGGGGCUCACGCGAUGGCAGAGCUGCCAACGAGGGGGAGCAUCGUUUGCACCACCAAGUGGACGGACUAUGUGAUGUCGAAGCACGUGGUGGUGGGGCUGGUCUGGGCUGCGUGCCGGCAGCGGGGGGAGCAUGAGAUAAGGGUGAACAGCAUGUCGCCGUACGAGGUGGCGACGCCGAUGACUUGCUGGAAAUAUGAAAUGGAAGCUGCUGAAGUAGAGCAAGCUUUCGACCAGUUCAGUCCACUAAAAGUGAUUGUAUUGAAAGUUAAGCACAUAGCGGAGGCUGUGCUGUAUUUGGCGUCCGACGAAUCAGCAUUCGUCUCCCGCCAUGAUACGGCAUAUUCUUGUGUAGCGAUCGUCUCGAUCACUUUUAGUUUCGAGCAAAAUAAGGAAUGGGAUUAA